AUGGCUUUUACAAGUGUUAUAGCUCUUUUUGCAUUUCUUGUUCUUCAACCACUUUUGGCUAAAAGUGACUUGCUUUCUCCUUUGAUUUCUCCUAUCUUUGAUGAUGUGUGCAAGGAAGUGGAGUGUGGGAAAGGAACAUGCAAAGCUUCUAAGAAUAGUGUUAUUCCGUUUGAAUGUGAGUGUGAUAAAGGUUGGAAGAAAGCUUUUGAUUCCAAUGAUGAUGGUGGCUUGAAGUUUCUUCCUUGCAUCAUUCCUAAUUGUACAUUGGACUACUCUUGCUCCAAAGCUCCUGCCCCUGCUCCAGAAAAGGCAAGAAAAGCCAACGAGUCGAUAUUUGAUGCUUGCCAUUGGGUUGAUUGUGGAGGCGGCUCGUGCAAGAAGACAUCGAGGUUCAGCUAUAGUUGUGAAUGUGAAGCAAGCUAUAAAAAUCUCCUCAAUGUCACUACCUUUCCUUGCUUCAGAGAAUGUGCUCUUGGCAUGGGUUGCUCUGACCUUGGAAUAUCAGUGACAAAUUCAUCAUCAGCAUCUUCUCCGCCACCAGCAUUGAAUGAGGACAGUAAGAGUGAAGCUAGCUCAACUCUACAAGGAAGAUCCAUUUGGCUGGUCUUGAUUAUGGUCAUGGCAAAGUUACAGUUGCAGUAG